CAAACCUUUUGUGUGACAUUUUUUUAAUUUGUUUGUCACAUUGAAUUAACAUUGUUGUUGUCAAGGUUUUACCUCAAUGGGUUGGAUGUGUAUGAUUGCUACCUAAAAUAAAAAAUAAAAAUGUUGCAAAGGGCAGCAAGUAAUGCAUAUUCAUGGUGGUGGGCUAGCCACAUUAGAACAAAACAAUCAAAAUGGUUGGAUCAAUGCCUCCAAGAUAUGGAGGAGAAGGUGACUGAUACACUGAGAGUCUUGCAAAAUGAUGGAGACUCAUUUUCUCAAAGGGCAGAAAUGUAUUACAGGAAAAGGCCAGAGCUUGUUGAAUUUGUAGAAGAAGCCUUUAGAGCUUAUAGAGCCUUAGCAGAACGAUAUGAUCAUUUAUCAAGAGAACUUCAAAGUGCUAACAGAACUAUUGCAAGUGUUUUUCCUGACCAAGUUCCGUGCCAAAUGGAUGAAGACGACGACGACGAAAGUGACACAGGAACAAACUACUCACCAUCUCCUGACCCUAACAACAACAAUAACCAAAUUCAGAAACCAGUCAUUCCAAAAGUUCCAAAGACUCCAAAGAAAGAAUUUAGAAGUCCAUCGAUGUUGCUAUCCCGAAAAGGUCUAAUCAAGAGAACUUCUAACUCUAGUAGUUCAUCAAGUCAUUUUGCAAUGACUCCUAGAUCAGGUCUGACGAAAGCUGCAGCGUUAGGCGAAAUCGACAAGCUUCAGAAGGAUAUUUUAGCAUUGCAGACUGAGAAAGAGUUUGUUAGAAGUGUGUACGAACGCGCGUAUGAAAAGUACUGGGAAAUCGAAGAUCAGAUAACAGAAAUGCAGAAAAAAGUUUGCAGCCUGCAAGAUGAGUUCGGCGUUGGCACUGUCAUUGAAGAUGAUGAUGCUAGAGCCUUAAUGGCAGCAACAGCAUUGAAUUCAUGCAAAGAGACACUUUCGAAGCUGCAAAAUAUUCAAGCACAAUCUUCCAUAGAAGCUAAAGUUGAGUAUGAAAGGGUAAGAAAAGCUCAUGAGAUGUUUGAAAAUCUUAGAGAUGGAUUCAUAUCUAAAUUCAUGAGUGAACAUGAGCAUGAUGAAGAAUUUGAAAAAUGUAAUAGCAUAAGAGAAGAACAAAAGAACAUUGAUGAAGAGAUAGCUAAUUUGGAAAAACAAGAGAAUGAUGCUGUGAUUUUAAGACAGAAGAUUAAGGAGAAAUUGGAGGAAGAUAGUGGAAACUCUUUUACUGUGACCGAAAUGGCCGAAUGCAUCGAUGAGCUUGUGAAUAAAGUUGUGACUUUGGAAACUGCGGUUUCGUCUCAAACCGGUAUGGUGAACCGAUUGAGAUCAGAAACUGAUGAACUUCAAACAAAUAUAAAGAAAUUGGAAGAGGACAAAGAAAUGCUUAUAGCAGGAUCAAAAGUAACUAAUAAGAAGCUUAAAGAAUUUGAAGAGGAAUUAUUGAGAGUUAAAAUUCUUAACAAAAGUGUUAGAAAACAAGAUAAUAGUCUUAGAACACAUUUCACAGAAGCUAGUUGUAAUCUUGAGCAUUUAUCUGGUAAGUUGAAUAAUAUGAAGCAUGAUGUUGAGGAUGUGAAUUUGGUACUUUACAAGAAGAAGAAAAGUAGUGUUGAAAAUAAUGAUGGUGUAUCUGAUAAGGGUGUUGUGAAAACAACAAUUGAGGAGGAAAAUGUGAAUGAUGAUAACAAGUCUAUGAUGAGUCAAAAUACAAAUUUUAUGAUUGAAGGACAAGAUAAGGAUGAUUUGUUUGAUAGUAAUGCUGAUGUUGAAUCACAAGAUUUGGAGACUAGUGGUGAGGGAGAUCAACCUAAUUGGAGACAGAUGUUUGUGAGUGGACUUGAUGAUAGAGAGAAAAUAUUGUUGGAAGAGUAUACAUCAGUUUUGAGAAACUAUAAAGAUGUUAGGGUGAAGCUUAAUGAUGUGGAAAAGAAAAAUAGGGACAGUAUUUUUGAGUUGGCACUUGAGUUAAGAGAAAUGAAGAAUGCUAUUGUGACAAAGGACAAAGAGAUACAAAUUUUACAUGAGAAGCUAAACUGUCCAGACUCAAACCCUGAUGAAAGUCCAUACACAACAAGAACAGAAUACAAAUACACACCACAUGAAGCACUUCUCAGAAAAUCAGGUCAAGGAUCCAUCAUUCCAGACAUCGAAAACAUAGAUACAAUAAGUUCAAACAGAACACCUUUCGCAGAUCAACACGAAAACACGGGCAAGUUCGCCCUAAAGAUGACCCUUGAGAAGCUAAUGGCAGACCAGGACAAGCGGCAAGACCUAUCCGACUUGGAAAAGAAAUUCCGCUCAGACAUCGAUGAUCUCCUCGAGGAAAAUCUCGAGUUUUGGCUAAGAUUCAGCACAUCAGUUCAUCAAAUUCAAAAGUUCCAAAACUCAAUUCAGGACUUAAAAGCAGAACUAAAAACCAUAAAGGAAAACAACAAAAAAUCCGAAGGACAUUCGCAUUCUAAACAUCAUCAGCACCAACCGAUGCAAUCACAACUUAGGCCUAUUUUCAGACACCUAAGAGAGAUUAGAACUGAACUAUCACUUUGGCUUGAACACAAUGCAGUGUUGCAGGAUGAACUACAAGGUAGAUAUUCAUCCUUAAGCAACAUACAAGAUGAAAUAGCAAGAGCUGGUAGUUCAGUAUCAGGUGUUCAAAAAGCCGAUAUAAUAAGCGCUUAUCAAGUUGCUAAAUUUCAAGGUGAGAUUCUCAACAUGAAACAAGAGAACAGUAAAGUUGCUAGUGAGUUACAAGCUGGUCUUAGCCUUGUCAAAGGAAUGAAAAAUGAUGUUGAGAAAACACUUGAUGAACUUGAUCAAGCUAUUGGGAUUAGUAGUGUUCAUAGUGACACAAAGAGGAACACUUCUAAAGGUGCUAGAAUACCAUUGAGAUCUUUCUUGUUUGGUGUUAAGUUGAAGAGACAAAAACAUCAUCAAUCAUUGUUUGCUUGUGUUAAUCCUGCUUUGUCUAAACAAAAUAGUGUCAAUGAUCAAGCACCAGCUCCAAUAUAAACUGAUUAACAUAAUUUCACUCUUUUGUUUGAAUACUCUUGGCAAAAACUGUUCAAAUCUGUUGUGUCAUUGUCAUAAUAGAACAUCAAAGUUGUUACUA